AAAGUGGCCCAAAUGAAUGAUUGAAUGAUUGGCUCGGCUCCUUCCUUCUUUGGUUUUGUUCGUUGUUUGUUGUGUUAUGUUCUAAUUCCAAAUUCCCAAAUCAAAAUCAAAAUCUCACCUUUCUUCAUCUUCUUCUUCUUCUUCUUCUAGGGCUUUCUUCAAUUCAAUUCAAUUCAAUCGAUUAAAGACACUAAAUUGAAGAUGAAGAAGGCGCCUAUGGCAGUGCUGUUGCUCUUACUUCUUUCAGCUUUGAUUCCAUCUGGAUCCUCCUCAACUGUCCCUGCUUUCCUCUGGUCUUCACAUCGGGUUCAUCCAUCAUCGUCAUCUGUAAAUUAUCAGACUCUUUCUCCAAAGGAUCUGGCAAAGUCCCUCCUCUCCCAACCUGGAUGGUCACACUUGCUGUGCUCAGAAGACCAAGUUAAGCAAUCUCUGGAUCUGGCUCUUAUCUUUGUUGGUUCACAGCUGCAGUCUUCUGAUCUUUUUGCAAACACCAAUGCAGACAAAGAUUUUGUGGACUUUCUCAAGGUGUCCUUUACAAAAUCUAAUUUCUCUACGGCAUACCCCUACAUUGCUGCAACAGAGGAUUCAAUGGCCGAUUCUUUGCUACAAGGAGUUACUGAGACUUGUGGAAACAACAUUAAUCUGGGUAAUAUUGUUGUCUCAGAGUCAUGCUCUCUACCAGAUGGAAACUUCAAUAAACUUGCAAAUGUGCAGUCUGUUCGUGAUUAUCUGAGUUCAAGGACAGAAAAGAGAGCUAAUGGGGAAGCAGAUGUGGUCGUGUUCUGCCAUGAAGAUUCUAACUCUCUGGAUAAUGCUCAGCAAUCACAUUCUGAGGCUGAAACUUUUGGCGAGCUUGUUGGUUCCAUGGAUCAGUCUGGGGAAAAAUACGCAGUUCUAUAUGUCUCAACCCCUUCUAAGUCUAUUCAGUAUCCAUUAUCUCGGGAUGUAGAAAGAUUUUUGGCUGAAGGCACCAAUUCUACAAUCUGUGGUGAAGUUUGCAAGAUCAAAUCAUCACUUUUGGAGGGACUUCUAGUUGGUAUUGUUUUGCUUAUAAUCCUAGUAUCUGGCAUCUGCUGUAUGAUGGGAAUCGAUACUCCAACAAGAUUCGAGACACCGCAAGACUCUUAAUUUGUAUUUGUGCAAAGAUAGUAUACCUAUCGCGAGUGCUCCACCAAGGCAUUGUUAAACUGGAUUAUGCUUGUUAUAUAGUUCCAAUGGGUGGGAGAUAGAGAUAUACCCUUUUGUAAUGAUUAGUUAUCUUGCCCAGAAGCUUUUUUUUGUUCUUAUUCCAAUGGAAAUAAUGCAAUAUGAUAAUUUUUUCAUCCCCCGGUUGCAUUGUGAUUUUAAGUCCAUGAUGGGUUCAUAUCUGUUUGUAAUUCUAUUUAUUAACUGGUCCAAACCAAGCUACCUCCCUCUUAUUUAUGAUAUCAAUAAAGGGCCCUACUGAGAAUUAUGUGUAAA